ACAUCAACUAUACGUCAAAGCGCAGGAUAUUUGUGUGCUUGUGCGCAUUUGUUUUGAUUAAGAAGGAGUCUUCGUAACAAACAUUCAACGAAUCCAUUGAACUUUGAAGCGCGUCACAUUGUUGCACAUGUGCUUUCAUUCAUUUGAACUGCAAGGAUAUAUUAUGCACCAGCACUAGAAUGGAGCAGGCUCCAAAUCAAACUCAAAACUUGGUCAACUUGAAGCCAAAGCCACAACGCGGGUGCUUUACUCGCAAGAAACGUGUACGGUGCGACGAAAGCCGUUUGUCAACGCCAACGAACGACACUAAACUCACUGCUGAAACAAAAAGAGUUAAAUUAGAAUAAACAGCUUUUAGUUGUAAAAAGAACCCUUGUAAAAUGGCUAAGCAAACGGAGCAGUUCAAUGAACGUGCUUUAUGGAAAAAUAUUGAAGACUAUUUUCUUGAAUUGAAAACAUGGCUAAAACCGGUACAUAGUGAAAUAUGUACAGCUAAAACUCUCUUGAAGGAAUGCAAAAUUCAUAACUAUAAUAGCUUAUGUGCGGCAACAAAGGACCUACCAACUGAUAUAGCGAACGACAUGAUAACAGCAGCUGAAGUAUCAGACACCAACCAAUUUUUCAAAUACUCUCAGACAAUGAAUUGCGUAUCAACUAAGCUGCAGCAGUACAUCGAACAGGCAAAGUGUAUCCGCCGCAGCCUCGAUCGUGCUACUGCUAUAAAGACGAUUGCUACACAGGAUCCAGAAUUACAAGCAAUCUGUCAUUACUUUCAUCAAACACAAAACCUGCUGUACGUGUUAAAUAUAGAGCUACAAGAAGUACAACUGGCAGGAAACGCAUUUUACGUUCAUGGAUUGCCAUCUGCUGCCAGUCAGCUGCUCGAAACAGAAGGUUUGGAGGAGGCUGUAGCACGCUUAGUAGCGUUGGUAUCCUCGAAACAAUUCAACUCGACAUUUAAAGCGAUGACAGUAAUUUAAAUAUAUUAUUAAAUGAAUACUUAAAAAUUUAACCAGUUAAUAUAAUAAAAAUUAUAAUCGACUGCCACUUGUGCAGAAUCGAA